CAAAACGAACAAAGUCAACUCAGCUUACAUUAUGUAAUGGCCGUUUUACUUUUCAACAAAUUAAGAAAAUACAACCAAAAGAAAAAAAAACUGGAAAACGAACAGAUGAGAGAGGAUGGAGGAGACACAACCUGUCAAAGCUUGUCAGAAAAUCAACUAACCGAAUAAUCAAUGUUCAUAAGUAAAAAAUAAAUCCACAGAAACAGAGGUUUUUGUUUUGUUUUUGAGUACGAGAAAAACGAAGACGACGACUACGACGAAGAGAGAGAUGUCGUCGUCUUCGUUACCUCAUCCGCUUUUUUGUCUCUCCAUCUCUUCUCUUCUCCUCCUCCUCCUUCUAAUCCAAUCCGCCGCCGGGACUCUCUUGCCGGGCAACAAAGCCGCAGCCUCACGUGUGACUUACAGAAGAAAGAGGAUGACGCAAUCGGCGCAGUUCGUACUCGCACAUAACGCAGCGCGUGGAACUUCAGGCGUCUCGAGUCUCAAAUGGGAUAAAGGCUUGGCCCGUUUCGCUUCUGAUUGGGCCAAACAACGUAAAGCGGAUUGUAAAAUGACCCAUUCAGGUGGGCCUUACGGAGAGAACAUAUUCUGGCACCAAAAUAGUGAGAAGUGGUCGCCAAAGAGAGUCGUUGCUAAAUGGAUGCAGGAGGGUUUUAACUACGAUCGGACGACUAAUUCGUGCAAGCUUGGUGAGAUGUGCGGUCAUUAUACGCAGAUCGUUUGGCGUACAACCACAGCCGUUGGAUGCGCACGUGAGAAGUGCGAUAACAACCGUGGAUUCUUAGUGGUUUGCGAGUAUUCGCCUUCGGGGAAUUACGAAGGCGAAAGUCCUUUUGACAUGCCUAAAUAACAUUGAAAUUUAUACAAUAUUUGAUUGAUAUAUUAUUGUUUACUCUAAAUUGAAAGUGAAAAAG